AUGCACACCAAGGCGCCAUCCAUCAAGAUCAUCGCUAUCGAUUACUACCAGUCGCCGCCACACCCCUUGACGGAUCGGUGCCAGUCGCAGUUCUCGUCGCGGCCGCUGUCGUCCGUUCCCGUGGUUCGGAUCUUUGGGUCGGUAUUUCCUUCCGAGCAACGAGCCUGUCUCCAUGUGCACCAGUGCUUUCCCUACAUCUAUGUGCCAUAUGAGGGCGAUUUGAAUGCGAGCAAAGCCGAGGCAUAUAUUCGGAAGCUAGCCGCCAGCAUCAAUGGAGCCAUGCAAAUUGCAGUCAGCAAGAUAGCCAACCAGCGCCAUCACCAAUCGCCGGCCGGAGAGUUUGUCGUCGGCAUCACCCUCGUCCAGGACCAAACCCAUCUGCUGGUCGAUAUCCUUGCCAGCGGCGGGGUCAUGGGCAAGCCGCUCCAGGCGCACGAAUCGCAUAUCAACUACAUCAUGCAGUUUUUCAUGGACUACAACCUCUAUGGAAUGGACUACAUCCACCUCAAGUCGUGUCGGUUUCGCAGUCCGCUUCCACAACCCGCCAGAGCUCUCGGCAACGCAACAAUGGCUUCGCCAUACGGACUGCUUGAGCCGAGCCAGUUUUGGACAAGCGCAAGCGUUCCAACGGACUGGAUCUGGCCAGAGCGGUAUCGGAUAUCAAAGCAAAGCUUCUGUGACCUCGAGCUGGACGCAACCGUGAUGGAUAUCCUUUCAGAAAUGCGACGGCCAUACAACAUAGCGCCGGAGGAUAUUCCAGCCAGCAACGAGACCAAGUUUGUUCCGUCGCUCAUGCGCAUCUGGCAGGACGAAGUUGACCGUCGAAUAGCCUCCAGCCGGUCGUCAAAGAUUCUCACUCCGCCGUCGCAGAACACCAAGCGCACUCCUGGCACGGUCUGGUACAAUGCCGACGAGCUGCGACUGAAGUUUGAGGCUGCCAUCCACCAAGCUCGCGAGCAUCAGCAAGUCUCGGAUGCCUCGUACGAUGACAUCAUAGUAUCGCAGGUGGCAUUGUCACAAGUUCCACUUCAAGAUGAUGGUGAAGCGUCAGCCAGCUCGGGCGAGGAAGUCGACGAACAAACACACCUGGGUGUCGCUGGACAGGAACUUGAUCCUGAAAUCGCAAACGACAGGAUGUCCGUUGAAUAUGAGCGCGUUUGUGCCAGUGAAGAUGAUGAUUCGGAUGAUGAUUCGGAUGGACAGAGUGACUUUCGGCUCAAUCCACCCGGGAGUAACACGACCGAAACCGAAGGCAUUCUGGACUGGCUCGCUAACAACGAAAGAUCGACAGGACAUCAGUCUCCACCCACGAAACUCCAGCCAAAGCGCAAGCUACAGACCCCCUCUCCUCUCCAGCAGGAAGUUCGUGGGGCCAUGUUGGCGUCACCGGGUCCCUCUCAGUCCAAAAAGCACCGCCUUGCAUGCGGGCCUCUCGAAACUCUUGAUCCAGCUCUGAAAACGGACGAACUGCCACCACCGACUAGUCUUGACUCUGAAAACGACGACGAUUGGGCCAUCGAGAGCACUUGCUCAACCAAACUUCCCUCAUUUUUCGGGCGCAUCAGUGACGAAGCGCUGUUUGCCCUGGAGCCCACAACUCGGUUUCUUGCAUCGAGUGUCGUCCCAGAAGCACAACGCAUCGAAAGUAGCCCUGGCAUGCCGAAGCAUACCAGCGAUCCUCCAAAACUGCCACCAACGACCAUUGACUUGGAGACCCUGGGUAGCUCCAGCACUGCAGAAAGACGACACAGACAUUUAGGGGGCAAGGUACUUGUGUUCAACAAGCGACCUCCGUCAGCCGAGGAUCUGUUGUCGUCGCUCGAGUCCCUGGGACUCCCACGAAGGAUCUACAACGCGCCCUUCUUUAGUCGGAAGUCAGACUCUGAUAAUGAACGCACGGUUCUGAGGAGUUAUGGAGGCAUUCCGAUUGAGCAUGGGCCGUCGCAUGUUGGCCAGUUGAAGGAAUUUCAUGAUCAACUGCCAGGUGCUGCAAGUUGCUUCAACGGCCUCGAGUACUGGCGAGCCAACAAAUGGAUAGAUUAUCACCACCGAGACAAUUCAUCGAGUACCCGCACAUGGACGAUCGGAAAGGCUCCACCGACGCGCAGGGUCGUGCAAGAAUGGCUGCGGAAUCAGGCCGAGGUCAAGGCUCUGAAAGCUGCCAGAAAGCCAAGCCACAAGAUCUAUGAGCGAACUUCCACAGGCUCGUCCGAAAAGUACGACCUUGGAGGCCGAGCUGUGUCUGUUCAGCUUGGAGAUUCACGCUACCACGUUGGACUGGCGGCUAUUCAAGACCACAUCGAUAUCGCCAAAACCGGAGUCAAAGGCUAUGCGGUGCAUUCUGUGCCAAGUGAGAAGGAGCUGAUUGAAUUCGUCAUCAAAAUUGUUCGAGAAAGCGACCCGGAUAUCCUGCUUGGAUUCGAGAUCCACAUGGCUUCGUGGGGAUACUUGGCGGAAAGAGCCGUUAUUUAUCAUAUCGAUUUGUGUCAAGAGCUUGCAAGAGUUGCUACCCUCGCCAAAUCAAAGUUUGGACGCGAUCAAGACCAGUGGGGGUUCAAGAAACAGUCCAGUCUGUCGAGCACCGGCCGCAUCUUUCUCAAUGUUUGGAGAUUGUUUCGGGCAGAAGUCGACCUGCGCUCGUACACUGUUGAGCACUUGGUCUAUCACACAUUGCGCAAAAGAAUCCCCAAGAUGUCGAACUCGGCGCUGUCGGAGUGGUACCACCACGGCCCCUUAAAGAGAUGGAGGACUCUGCGAUACUACAUCGAUCGAGCGCAGUACAACCUGGAGCUACUCGACGCCAUUGAGCUGAUUGGGAGAACAAGCGAGUUUGCACGAGUCUUUGGCAUCGACUUUUUUUCAGUCCUCAGCCGCGGAUCGCAGUUCAAGGUCGAGUCAAUCCUCACUCGGAUUAUCAAGCCCGAGAACUAUAUCAUGAUAUCUCCGUCAAGGGGACAAGUUGCCCGAAUGAGGGUUUACGAGUGCAUCCCACUUGUCAUGGAGCCCGAGUCCGGAUUCUACUCAAGCCCGGUGCUUGUGCUGGAUUUCCAGUCGCUUUAUCCGUCCGUUAUGAUUGCCUACAACUACUGCGAACAAUAUUUCGCUCCGCCGGAUGUGUUGAGCGAGCUCCAAGACCAUAUCAACAUCUCACCGAACGGACUGGCAUUCGUGAAGCCAUAUGUACGCGAGGGCGCGCUUCGGAAGAUGCUGACAGAAAUCCUGGAGACAAGAGUGAUGGUGAAAGAAUCAAUGAAGAGUUACUCCGACAAGAGUCUUUUGAAGCUGCUCGAAGCGAGGCAGCUUGGUCUCAAGUUCAUUGCCAAUGUCACAUACGGAUACACCGGAGCAACCUACUCUGGCCGCAUGCCGUGCGUGGAAAUUGCUGACGCCAUCGUUCAGACAGGGCGAGUGACGCUGGAGCGGGCCAUCAGCCUGAUCAACAAAACAAAGAAAUGGGGAGCUCAGGUCGUCUAUGGCGACACAGACAGUCUCUUUGUACAUCUGCCGGGGCAGACCCGGGAGCGGGCCUUCGACAUUGGCAAGGAGAUCUGCGAGGCCGUCACCAACAGCAACCCGCAUCCCAUCAAGCUCAAGUUUGAAAAGGUCUUCCACCCGUGCAUGCUUCUGACGAAAAAGCGAUAUGUCGGAUUCAAGUUCGAGUCCAAGUCCGAUACCAAGCCAGUGUUUGAUGCCAAAGGAAUCGAGACGGACCUAUCGGCGCUCAAAAGCUACCUGGAGACCGAGUGGAGCAGCAUUCUUGCGGGCGAUGUGCUGAUCCAGGAUUUUAUAAUCGCAAAGGAAGUGAAGCUGGGUCGAUACAGCGAAAAUGCCACCUUGCCAGCAGGCGCGGCGCUCAGCACAAGGAAAAUGCAGAGAGACCAUCGGUCCGAGCCUCAAUACGGAGAGCGAGUUCCGUAUCUCGUGGCAUACGGGCCGGGAACGCGGUUGGUGGAUUUGGUUAUUGAGCCCCAGGAGCUGGUCAGCAACAGAUCGCUGCGCCUCAACGGGCUGUAUUAUAUCACCAAGCAAAUCAAUCCAGCCCUGUCUCGGAUCUUCAACCUGGUGGGAGCGGACAUUCAGAAAUGGUUUGCAGAUAUGCCCCGGGUCCAGCGGGCGACCGAGUUCACGCUCUCGCAAAUGAGCCGCGCCAACUCCCGGAUCACGAUCGAUCAGUACUAUUCGUCCAAGCACUGCCAUGUUUGCGGACAAAUCUCGGGCUCAGGACUUUGUGUGUCAUGCAAGCAGGAUCCCAUCAAAACCGCUGUGGUGCUCCAGCAGCGCAUCUCGGAUCAGACCCGUGCCCACCUGAGUCAUCAGCGGGCCUGUCGGAUGUGCGCUGGCUACGAGGAACUGGAUCUCCAGAGCGGCGAUGCGGCGCCGUGUAUUUCGAUCGACUGCAAGCUCUACUACGGACGCAAGGUGGCAAAGAACAAUAUGCGCCUGUCACAAAAGCUGCAGCGACUUCUGCAAGAGAAGAAGUGA